AUUCAAGCGCACGCUGACAAACUGAUGAAGACAACUCCUUCAAACACCUUAAUUUCUUAGCUCUGUGACUUAUCUUUCCUUUACCAACACAGAUCUGAUGCCAUUCUUAUUGAAGGGUGCUUCACACAGUCUGUUUCAGCAAAUGUUUUAGGUCACCGGAGGAGAUGAGCAAAAAUAAAAAAUAAAAAAUGAAAGGCCAUUUCUCAAAUCUUCCAUUUACUUAUUCCAUGCCCACCAAAGCACCAUGACCUAAUAUUUUUAGGGUUUGCUCUGAACUGAACUCGCAAAAAACCUAACCGAGAAGAGAAGGUUUUCGGUUCACCUGGCCCCCUCUUUAUCUUCAUUCUUCAACUCUUUGAAAGAGUGAGUGUUCCAUGCAGUAGCUUGCUCGACAUGGUGACCAUCAGGUGCGGCCACUGCUCAAAUCUUUGGUCCGUCAACAUGGCUGCUGCCUUUCAGUCCAUCGCUAAUUGGCAAGAUUGUCAGGCUCCCAGACAGGAUUACAGGAUUGACAUGGGUUCAUCUUCAAAAUGCAAUAACAUGAUCACAAUGCGACCACCACCGGCGACCGUCACUGAGCAAAGGGUUGUUAAUCGACCUCCCGAGAAGAGGCAGCGAGUACCGUCGGCCUAUAACCAGUUCAUAAAAGAGGAGAUUCAGAGGAUCAAGGCAAGUAAUCCAGACAUUAGUCACAGGGAAGCAUUCAGUACUGCUGCCAAAAACUGGGCACACUUUCCCCAUAUUCAUUUUGGACUGAUGUUAGACACCAACAAUCAGGCUAAACUGGAUAAUCGUUCGGAGAAGCAUUUGAUGUCAAGGGCGGCGCUGCUAAACAAGUGAACCUGUGGUUCAUUGCUCAAAACUACCUCCUAUUUCAUGUCAAGAUGUGAAGACUCUCUAUCAAACCUUUUCUUUUGUAUUAUUAUUAUUAUAAAGUAUGUAGGGAAGGGAUUACAUCCCUUGACUGCAAUCCUCUCAAGUUAGUCCUUGCCCCUUUUAUCUUUCAUGUUUAUUUCACGGCUGGAAGUAAAGUUCAAAUUCACCUCA